UACGGCUUAACCGCUGGAGAAGGGCUGUCGCACUGAAGGGAUCAUGGGGAGCUGUGAGUCCGUGACCACUUGGGAACAGCGUGCAGAUGGCCUAUACGCAUCUCCUUAAUAAGGACCUUGUAGAGCUGUGCGGAGAGAGGGCUGGGCGUUGGAAAGCUCACCAAGGCGCAGCUAAUUGCUCAGUUGGAAGAGGAGAAUCGCUCUAAGGAGACAGGUCCUGACCCAGCUGGGGCCGUGAGGGAGGCUGGGAGCAGCUGGGUGUCCCGGAGGCCCAUGUCCCCGACCGGCAGGGGGUCUCCACGGUUUCCCCGUCGGUGGAUCUGAGACGGAUGGAAUUGGGGCUGAGAUUGAAGGAGCCAGAGGACCACGAGAGACACGAAGCAGAACAGCAGGAGAGACAGCGGCAGCAGGAACUGGCGAUGGCUGAGCUGCGAGGCAGAGGGACCCAUCCAGGGUGGUCAGAUUAAUUGUCGGCGGUCUGUUGAACAGGGAACCCCUAUUGGCUAACAGCUAAAGCUGCUUCUACGUUGUUUGCUUCAAAGUCUUUCCCAGCAGCCGCUAGCCCUGUGCAUCACCACACCUGAGCCCCAUGGAGCUGAUGACUAUCGCGCUGCUACUGGUGACUGCAGGUGCUGCAGUGUCCGCCCAGGACGACGGGGGCCGGAUCAUCGGCGGGUACACGUGUCCCCGCUACUCCCAGCCCUGGCAGGCCUUCGUCUACGGCCCGCUGCAGUGCGGGGGCAUCCUGGUGGACAGGAGCUGGGUGCUCUCUGCUGCCCAUUGCUACAGACCCGGCCUGCGGGUGCGGCUCGGCGAGUACAACCGGGCGGUGCAGGAGGGGCCGGAGCAGGACCGAGUCGUAUCCGGCGCCAUCCUGCACCCCGGCUACAACCGCUUCACCCUGGACAACGACCUCAUGCUGCUCAAGCUGGCGCAACCGAUCACCAUCGGCCCGACCGCCCGGCCCGUCACGCUGCCCACGGCCUGCGCGCCCCCCAGGACCGUCUGCCUCAUCUCGGGCUGGGGCACCGUCACCACCCCCCAAGCCACAUUCCCCAACCUUCUGCAGUGCGGAAACGUCCAGAUCGUCUCGGAGCAGAGCUGUCGGGCUUCCUACCCCGGCCGGGUGACCCCCAACAUGGUGUGCGCGGGCGUCAUGGGUGGGGGCAUCGACUCCUGCCAGGGUGACUCGGGUGGGCCCCUGGUCUGCGCUGGGCAGCUCCAGGGCAUCGUGUCCUGGGGGCUGCAAACCUGCGCCCAGCCCAACAGGCCUGGCGUCUACACCAAGGUCUGCAACUACGUAGCGUGGAUCCGCAGAGCCAUCCAGAUGAACUGAGGACGGCGCCGGGGGGCA